UUUCCCUUGUUCAUUCCUCUCCAUCAUCAAACAAUUUACAGAACCAGAGAGAGAAACCCCCAUUAACAAUGUCUCUCACAAUCCCCACCAAUCUCUCUCUUUUGAAGCCUAAGCUGAACCCCCAGACACCCCCCAAAGUUCCACCAUCUUUGGUGGUCUGCUCCUCCUCCGACAAGACUCCACCGCCACUCCAAGCCUUCUCAGCCGCCCUCGCCCUUUCUUGCAUCCUUCUCUCGGCUCCCCAGCCGGCCGCCGCCGACAUCUCGGGCCUCACGCCAUGCAAGGAGUCGAAGCAAUUCGCCAAACGCGAGAAGCAGCAGAUCAAGAAGCUGGAGUCGUCGUUGAAGCUGUACGCCCCCGACAGCGCUCCGGCUCUGGCCAUAAAGGCGACCAUCGAGAAGACCAAGAGACGGUUCGACAACUACGGGAAGUACGGGCUGCUGUGUGGCUCCGACGGGUUGCCUCAUCUGAUAGUGAGCGGCGACCAGAGGCACUGGGGCGAGUUCAUAACGCCGGGGGUGUUGUUCUUGUACAUCGCUGGAUGGAUCGGGUGGGUUGGUAGGAGCUACCUCAUUGCUAUAAGCGAUGAAAAGAAGCCGGCCAUGAAGGAGAUCAUAAUCGACGUGCCCUUGGCCACCAGUCUUAUCUUUAGAGGUUUUAUUUGGCCUGUCGCUGCUUAUAGAGAGCUCGUCAAUGGCGACCUUGUUGUCAAGGACGUUUGAU